UCUUUUCAUGAGAGGGUGACCAAAACCUUGGACAGAGGGGUGGAGGUGGACAUGGUAUACUUGGACAGAGGGGUGGCGGUGGACGUGGUAUACGUGGACAGAGGGGUGGAGGUGGACAUGGUAUACUUGGACAGAGGGGUGGCGGUGGACGUGGUAUACUUGGACAGAGGGGUGGCGGUGGAUGUGGUAUACUUGGACAUAGGGGUGGUGGUGGACGUGGUAUACUUGGAUUUUUUCAAAAGCGUUUGACAAAGUUCCCCACACACAGCUAAUCUGUAAAGUAAAGGCUACGAGCUUGGAAAAAAUCUGUAUGUAAAU